UCGUGAACAACAGACUAGAUAUAUUGAUGCAAUAGAAGGUCGUAACAUCAAUUUCUAUCUUAAGCAUUGUGAAGAAUGACCAGGUAUCAGGCAAACAGAACCUCUCAUUGGAUGAUACCAACUGCGUGAAAAACUCAUUUCAAGUUAAGGUCAUAUGUACUUGCUAACACAUCUAUGUAACAAACCUCAGUGGGCGAAUAGUUUCUUGCUCGAGUUGGUGGUUUGCAUGCUGAUAACAAACUUCAGAAGAGUAACAAUUUAGGACUCGAGUUGGUGUGUCGUAUGCUAAAAACAAACUUCAGAAAAGCAACAGUUUCGGACUCAAGUUGGUGUUUCGUAUGCCGAUAACAAACUUCAGAAGAGUAACAAUUUAGGACUCGAGUUGGUGUGGCGUAUGCUAAAAACAAACUUCAGAAAAGCAACAGUUUCGGACUCAAGUUGGUGUUUCGUAUGCCGAUAACAAACUUCAGAAGAGUAACAAUUUAGGACUCGAGUUGGUGUGGUGUAUGCUAAAAACAAACUUCAGAAAAGCAACAGUUUCGGACUCAAGUUGGUGUUUCGUAUGCCGAUAACAAACUUCAGAAGAGUAACAAUUUAGGACUCGAGUUGGUGUGGUGUAUGCUAAAAACAAACUUCAGAAAAGCAACAGUUUCGGACUCAAGUUGGUGUGUCGUCUGGUAAAAACAAACUUCAGAAAAGCAACAGUUUCGGACUCAAGUUGGUGUUUCGUAUGCCGAUAACAAACUUCAGAAGAGUAACAGGUUCGGACUUGAGUUGGUGUGUCAUAUGUUGAUUAUAAACCUCAGAAGUGUAAUAGUUUUCAACUCGAGUAGGUGUGUUGUAUGCUGAUAACAAACGUCAGAAGAGGAUAAGUUUUCAGCUUGAGUUGGCGUCGUGUAUGUCAAUGUAAAUUUCAGUAACUGAAAAGUGCCCAGGAUUAGUGACAAAAGUGAUAUGACAAAUGCUCAGGGCAGGAGUCAUAACUAAAUGACCACUAUAGAGGACAGAUUGACAUUCCUGAGACAAAAACCAAAAGACAAUUUUAUAAGGGUUGAUUUGAAGGCUGUUAAAUGAACAACGUUUAAGUGUUUGUUGAUAAUGAUACUCAGAUAUAUCUACAUGCGAGUUCAAAUCCUUCUGAUACACUAAUGAUAUUCAUACGUAUACCUUUUUGAUUGGACGAAAUAUUCAGCCAUAUCUUUUGAGUGACCAUUGUAUUUUAUCGGGGUAAUCUUCGUGUGUCCUGACUCGAGCUGUUAAGUAUCUCUAAUAUUAAGUAGGUGCCGUUAAGCGUCUUUCAUCGACAUUUGUUUUGUAAAGUGUCUCUAAUAUUCAGUUUGGGCCGUUUAGCGUCUAUUUUCGACAUUUGUUUUGUAAAGUGUCGCUAUUACUCAGUAGGUGCCGUAAAGCGGCUCUCAUCGACAAUUUUCUUCAUUAAGCGUCUUUGAUAUUCAGUCGGCGUCGUUGUGCCUCGCAUAUCGACAUUUGUUUUGCAAAUUGUCUUUAAUAUUCGAUUGGUGCCCUUUAACGUGUAUCAUCGAUAUCUUCGUUUCUGGCAAGCGUUUAUCAAUGUUAAUUUUUGGCGUUUAGUAUCUCGAAAAUCAUUAGCUGUCGUUUUACAUAAUGUAUCAUCAUGAUUGUUAUGCUAAUUUUUUUCGUAUUCAUUUUAGUGUAAUCGUUUGAUAUUUAAAUGUCUAUUGUUUUAUGAGAACAAAACUUACGGACGUCAUUUUCGAUCGGAGUACAGGUAUUUUAUAAGGCAAUUGAAAUCUGAUGAAUUAUGGGUAAUGCCGAGAUGAUUGUGAUAUUACCUUCGGCCGUUGCGAUAUUCUUGAGUAUUCUAUGUAAUGGAAUAGCUAUCGUUGUGUUCUUUAGAUGUCGGCUUCUUGUUUUCCAAAUUAGGCUGCUUCUACUUUUCAUAACAAGCCAUUCUUUUUUGAUAAGCUGUAUUUUCACAGUUAUCAUACAUUUAGAAUAUGAUCAGAGUCAUGACUUAUUAUGUGCUUUGAAGUGUGUCUUAUGGGCAGGAUAUCGUAUAGUCCCUGUUGUUAUGACAACUGUCUUUGCGGUGGAUCGAUCAAUAUCAGUCGUCUGGCCAUUUUGGUACCAAAGAAAAGUUACGAAACGAUCGAUCUUAAUAAUGUGCCUAGCCUUGACACUAGCUCUAUACGUAAUUUUUGGAUUGUCGUUUAGUAAGGACGUUACAGAGGACAAUGGCGCCUGCAGUACUUACCUGCACAUGAAUCAUUUCGGAAUACACUCCAUGAUCGUCCUUUUCGCUUCAUCAAUGGUAGUGACCACUGUCUCGUAUGCGGUUAUUUUCUACCAAUCAGAUCGUUAUAUGUCAGCCACAAACCUCACCUCCUUUAGUCUCUACAAUUCGUUCCGAAUGUCAUUUCUGAUCUGUGGCGUUACCUUUGCUCUCUACCUUGCCAGUAUAACUUCUUGUGCUGCAAGCGUAGCACUUUGGCAUGAAAGAAACAAUAAAGAUAUUUACCAUGUAUACAUGGUAUGUGCCUUCUUUUCGGUUGCAAUUAUUUCGAUAAAUCCAAUUUUCUAUAUCAGUAGAUUUCGUGAAAGCCGAUUUCAAGUCAGGAAACUUUUGUGUGUUCAUAUGAAGGAUGCUGAACGGAUGGAAACCACCCUUCGUCUUGAAUAUGCAGGUAUCCCACUCCCCUUACGCAAGAGUAUAAAACCAGACAAAAUUUCGGACGAUUUAACAAAAGCCGAUUCUGCCCCUAAACCCCAGAUAUCUACAAUAUCCCUGUCAACCCCUGCAUAUCUUAACACUAACGGAAUUCCACCAUACGACUUUAUGAAUACACGCCUGUCAAUAUAAAAAGAAAGGUGUCUACCUGAAGUAGUCAUACUGCUGAGGGUAGACAACCAUGGGACCAUUUUUUACAAGACGAAACUGUCAAGAACGACAACUCUUUCGAGAUCCAGAGAGAGGGUCGUCAUGGGGGGCACGCGCUCCAGGGAGAUAUGUUUUAUUUCCUGGCUAACGCGGUUCUGGGGAAUAUAAUAUUUUUCAGUUCCGGCCACGUGAUACGUUUCGGCUCGUCACAGGCACUGUUAUAAACAUCAGGUAUAAUAGUAUCUAAUAUCCGGUGUGAUAUAUGUGGUUUAUUUCUAUAUUCAAACUUAUCUAAUAAAUGUGAUUUAAAAGAUAUAUUUAUUGUGAUAUUUUGUGAAGAAAGUUUUAUUGAAAUUAA